AUGUGCCCAAGUUCUGCAGGUGCAGUGCCUUUAGCAAUCAUUUUAACAAAAGGUCAAACGUAUGAGUGUUAUUGUCAAGGAUUUAAAUUAAUAAAUGAAGCUGUUCUUGAAAGUUUUUGUGGUCAGAGAUAUUCCAAUUUACUUCUAACUGAUCAAAGUUCAGCUGAAAUUAAUGCCAUCAAUAGCGUUUGGCCAAAAAGCAACACAUUACUUUGUACAUUCCAUGUCUUACAAGCAGUUAAACGAACGACGCAUCCCUAA